GAUGUACAUGUUUACUUUUAACGUUACAUAUACAUCUUAUAACGGUUCAGCUUAGUUUAAAGUACGGCAGUCUUAACCCAGAUUAUCUCACCAAAAGACGAUGAAGCUAAUCAGCAUGGCUAUGUCAAACGUUUCGCGACUGUUUCUAUUAAUGUCAUUAGGUUUUCUGUUGGAGUGUAGUUUUAUCGGUAUCAGGAACGUGCAUGCUACUGGCCCACAAUAUUCAGCAGAUAAUUGGGUUUGCAGAAACGAAACAGGAUGCACUCAACUUGGAGAAGACGUUCAACAUCAGAAUGGCGAAAAAAUUAUGUCCAACGAAACAUGUUACAUGCUCUGUCCAAAAGAGCCCUCUCUUUGGCCCAAACCAAUUUUCGUAGAAGUGCAGGACAAAAAUUUCUCUGCUUUCCAAAAACAACACAUCUUUUUAAAAGUAUUAUCUCCGACUAACAAAACCAGGAAAAUGGCUGAGAGAGCAGCUAACCUGUUUAUAAACAAUUUAACAGGUUCUUCGAAAUAUAACAGAAUAUUUGAAGAAGAAACUGAGGAAGUUGUUAAAAUACAUGUACACAUCAAAAAUAAUGACACGAAACUGACCUCUUCCACAAACGAGAGUUACAUUUUGACAGUAGGUUACCAAAAAAAUGAGGUAAGAGUAAAAAUCACGGCUCCAACAUAUUUCGGUGUCAGACACGGUUUGGAAACAUUGAGUCAGUUAAUUUGGUACGAUGCUCAAACAGAUAGACUCAGAAUAAUGCACGAAAUCAGAAUAAUCGACGAACCUAAAUUUCCACAUAGGGGAAUCAUGAUAGACGUUGCUAGAAAUUUUAUUCCCAUCUGGUACUUAAAAAGAGUGAUUGAUGGAAUGGCAAUAAACAAAUUAAACGUGUUGCAUCUUCACGCAUCAGACUCAGAAAGUUUUCCUUUAGUAUUGCCCAAUAAUCCCGACUUUGCAAAAAAUGGGGCAUACGACAAGGCAAUGACAUAUUCAACUCGUGAUACAAAAGAUCUUAUUGCCUAUGCUAAUAUAAGAGGUGUCAGGGUAAUUUUGGAAGUUGAUGCUCCAAGUCAUGUAACUCCAAACGCAUGGCCUAACGGUCAAACAAUGUGCGGAAAAGAAAGUGUGUUUAGAGCUACUCUAAAUCCAGAUGACUCCAACGUUUUUGGAACGUUACAAAGUGUUUAUAGGGAUCUUUUAAGUCUAGGGUCUGAUGGGGAUUCGUUCCAUAUCGGAGGCGAUGAAGUAGUUCUUGAUUGCUGGAAGCAAAGCAAAUCAGGUAAAACCCUUUCCGAUCUGUAUUACCUCUGGGUGAAUUUUACUAACCAAAUGGUGGAACAGUUAAAAUCUGCCAACGGAGGAAACCUAACAUCUGAUGUGAUAUUAUGGUCCAGUCCUUUAACAGACCGAUUUAUAACUUAUCUAAAAAAUAAACCCAACCUAGUUGUACAGUACUGGUUCGGAAAAUUCGACCACAUCUUCCAAAAUAACUUAAGAAUAAUAUUCUCGACAGUUGGAUAUUGGUAUCUGGACUGUGGAUAUGGUCCAUGGAAGAAGAACCAAGUCCUUGGUGCUUGUGAUCCUUACACGCACUGGAUGAAAGUGUACAGAUACAGACCUUGGGAACAGUAUGUGAACAGACUGAAUCAAGUGAUGGGUGGGGAGGUGUGUUUGUGGACGGAACAGGUGGCCGCUGAAGAUGUGGAGACCAGGAUAUGGCCUAGAGCUGCGGCUUUUGCGGAGAGGAUCUGGAGUGAUCCAGGGUGGGAAGAUAGAGAGAGAAAUAGGUUGUACGCUAGGUUUAACAGACAUAUAAUCCGUAUGAGACGAAGAGGGAUAUCUGUAGCUGCCAUCUGGCCAAUAUAUUGUUCGUAUUAUCCAGAUAAAUGUUAAACAGAAUUUUAUUUUAAUUAAUUUUAAUUUAUGUGUAAUAUCCAGUGAAUAAAAAGACUAAUGGUGUUAUGUUUCCUCCUCAUUGUUGUCAAUAAUUAUUUAAGUUACGUGUGCUUUUUUAAAAAUGAGAUGUUAUUUGUAACUUGUUAAAAAUAUUACAUGGAGUCUAGUUAUAUGUACACAUUUUCUUUCCAGUAUUAAAAAUAAUAAUUUAAAUUAAUUAAAAAUAAAGCAGUGCAUUCUCUCAAACAA